UUAUCCCUGUCUCUUGCUCAAUUUUCUAUGGAGUUGUUAGGAUUUUGUUUGUGUACUUAUUAGUCCGUCUUCCUCCCCAUUGAUGUGAGAUGCUGCCGUCCUGAAUGUAACUGUAACACAAUGGAAUGGAAUAUAAAUGAACACGGUCCUGUGAGUACCCGCACCCCAGAGCCUCUUGAUAGAACAUGGAUGGCCUUAAGGACAACACUCUGAGGAUUGUUCUCGUGGGAAAAACUGGAAAUGGGAAAAGUGCGACAGCAAACACCAUCCUUGGGAGAAAGGAAUUUGAAUCUAAAGUUGCUGCUCAUGCUGUUACCAAGAAAUGUCAGGCAGCAUCGCGGGAUUGGAGGGGGCGGAAGCUUAUGGUUGUGGACACCCCAGGGCUCUUUGACACCAAGGAGAAACUGCUGACCACCUGUGAGGAAAUGAGCCGGUGUGUCAUUGCCUCUUGCCCAGGGCCUCAUGCCAUCAUCCUGGUUCUGCAGCUGGGCCGCUACACUGAGGAGGAGCAGAGAACGGUUGAAUUCAUCAAGGCGAUGUUUGGGAAGUCGGCCAUGAAGCACAUGAUCGUCUUGUUCACUCGCAAAGAUGGUCUGGAGGACCAGACACUGAGUGAGUAUCUAGCAGAGGCAGAUGCGAAACUACAAAACAUCAUCAAGGAGUGUGGGGACCGUUGCUGUGCCUUCGAUAACAGGAAAGAUGCAGGCAAAACUGUGAAGGAAGCUCAGUUGCAGGAGCUGGUGGAGCUGAUAGAGGAAAUGGUGCAGAAGAACGGAGGGGUUCACUUCUCUGAUCCCAUCUACAAGGACGCACAGCAAAGGCUGACACAUAAGGCGGAGGAAUUGAAGAAACAGUAUGCUGAUAAAUUACAGGAGGACAUUAAAGUAAUAGAAGAGAAAUAUGAUCAGAAAAAAAUAUCAGAGCAAGAGAAGGAAACAAAGAUAAAAUUCCUAAAGGAAAAUUACUAUAAAGAUGUUAAAAAACUAAAGGAAGAAACGGAGAGAAAUGUAUUUCAAGAAAUUGUACGUUACAUUUUUAAUAUCCUUUCUGGUAUAUGGAAUAGCUUUUGGAAAUAAUGUAAGUUAUAUUGUUGUUUCUUAACCUACAACGAUGUGUUAAUGUAAAUGAUUGUAUUUUCCAUAGAUGGCUAUAGUAGUAUCUUCUAUCCCACCCAUUGUUCUUGCAAUCUGAGCUUGUUUUUCCUUCUGUAGAGUUAUAGGAUCUGAGUCCCCUACCUUGAGACUCGAUGGACUUUGGGACUGCUUUGACAAAUAGUGGAUGGUUGUGACUUCUAACGUGAGAUAGGGAGAAUGCCUCCUUGCUCUCUGGGGCACAUGCCCUUGGAAAUUGGCCACCAAGUUGUGAGGAAACUCAAGUUGCCCAUCAAGAGACCACGUGAAGAGGACUGGAAGUCACUGGCCCACUCCCCUGACUGGUCUUUCAUCUGCCAGAAGAACCAACUUGCCCAGCCACCCAAGUGAGGCAACACAGAAGCUGAUUCUCCAGCUGCCUACUGGGCUACCUCAGAUGAAGCUGCAAAGAGCAAAGAUGAGCCAUCCCCAUUGUACCUUCCACCCCCUAG